GGAGGGCUGGUCAUCGUUGUCGAGAUAUCAGCGAGAGGCCGAUCUGACUGCGUUGAUCAUGGCGAACAGCAAUCCCAUUCUCCCCGUAGAGGGUAAGCGCAAUAUUCUCAUCACUAGUGCUCUGCCAUACGUGAAUAAUGUCCCGCAUCUCGGAAAUGUGGUGGGGAGUGUCCUGCCGGCAGACACUUUUGCUCGCUUCUGCAAGGCACGAGGCUACCAGACGCUGUUUAUUUGCGGUUCGGAUGAAUAUGGAACCGCCACAGAGACAAAGGCACUCGAGGAAGGCGUAGAGCCCGCGGAGCUCUGUGCUAAGUACCAUGCCAUUCACAAGGGUAUCUACGACUGGUUCCGAAUCAACUUUGAUAUCUUUGGCCGGACACCUACUGCCCAGCAGACACAAAUUGUCCAGGACGUUUUUCGGGGUCUCUGGAAGAACGGCUAUAUCGAGGAGCAGGAAACCACGCAGCCGUUCUGUCCUGUGCCCACUCAUUCGAAGUUCCUGGCAGACCGUUUUGUCGAGGGAGAGUGCAGCAUCUGUCAUGAUCUGGGUGCCCGUGGAGACCAGUGCGACAAGUGUGGCAAUCUGCUCGAUCCCCUGGAGCCGGAAUCAACGGAAGAUGCCCAAGCGAAGACCAGUGGUCAGGACGACGAGGAUGUGGUCACGAAGGCCACCGGCUGGUUGAUCAACCCUCGCUGCAAGCUGGAUGGUGCAACCCCCGAGAAGCGUAAGACUAAGCAUCUCUACCUGCGCUUGGACGCGCUUCGUGACCAGAUCGUUUCCUGGUUUGAGAAAGCGAGCAAAGAGGGCGAGUGGAGUGCCAAUUGCAUUUCCAUCACGCAGUCAUGGAUAGAUAAGGGACUGAAGCCCCGUGGAAUCACUCGUGACCUCCGAUGGGGUGUUCCGAUCCCAACUGAUGUGGAGGGCUUGGACGAGGAGGAGUACAAGAACAAGGUCUUCUAUGUCUGGUUCGAUGCUUGCAUCGGCUACAUGUCCAUCACGAAGAACUAUACCGACGGAGAUAAUCUCUCGGGUACGAACUGGGAGAAGUGGUGGAAGAACCCGGAGCAGGUGUCCUUGUACCAGUUCAUGGGUAAGGAUAACGUGCCAUUCCACACCAUCAUCUUCCCCGGUUCCCAGCUCGGCACGGGCGGGAAAUGGACCCAAGUACACAAGCUCUCAGCUACAGAGUAUCUGAAUUACGAGGGUGGAAAGUUCAGUAAGUCGAAGGGAGUGGGUGUGUUUGGUACCAAUGCCAAGGAUACGGGUAUCGACCCGGACAUCUGGCGAUUCUAUCUGCUGUCUAGACGUCCUGAGACCAACGACUCGGAAUUCAAGUGGGAUGAGUUCGUCAGUGCCAACAACGAUCACCUGCUGAAGAACGUUGGCAACCUGGUCCAGAGAGUGGUCAAGUUCACCCAGGCCAAGAUGGAAAGCAAGGUUCCCGACUUCACCAAGUAUUCGGAUGAGGUUCUCGAGGAACACAAGAAGCAGGUCAACGCUCACCUGAAGGAGUAUCUUGAGCAUAUGGAGGCGAUGAAGCAGCGACAGGGUCUGUCAGACGUCCUCCACAUCUCCGCCCUCGGCAACAAGCUUCUUCAGGACAACAAACUCGACAACAGACUAUUCACGGAAGAGCCCGAUCGCUGUGCUGCCGUCAUCGGUCUGGCGCUCAACCACCUUCACCUCCUCGCAAGCAUCCUGUCUCCUUUCAUGCCCGGUACUUCGGAGUCCAUCUUCCGGCAGAUUGGAGUCGUGCCUGAGCCUCUCAUCCCUGACACCUGGGAGGUCGAUAUCCUCAAGCCAGGCCACGUCAUUGGAGAGCCUAAGCUCUUGUUCUCCCAGAUCCCGACUUCGAAGAUAGAGGAGUGGCGCCUGGCAUACGGUGGUGAGGAGUUGAAGAAGCUGAAGGCUCUCGAGGCCGAGAAGGCUGCGGCGAAGAAGGCUGCAAAGGAGAGAGAGAAGGAGAAGAAGAGGCUCAAGAAGCAGGCCGCCGCAGCUGCCGCAGCCGCAGCCGAGCUCGAGGCCAAACUCAACAUUGACGAGCAGAAGGGUGUCGAAAAGAUAUAGAGGGAAUCUCACGAGGCUGCAACGAGCAUUAGACGUAGAAUUUCAGAGCUGUCUAUGGCUAUACAGUAUCUAUCUAAAGAGGUGCUAGUGUCUGUGCGCUCACGAAUGAUCUUGCGUCGUUAGAUUCGGGAUGCAGAGAAAUAGCUCUGCUUGUCUUUGCCUUUCUAACUACUUGUGGGCUGUUUCUUUUUUUUUUCGCGAGCGUUCUCCGUUAACUCUUUGAGCUGCUUUUCUGGCCCUCAAAAGGAGGCCGACGAUUCAGUGUUUGGUAUCUACGAUCAUGACUGGUGGUUUUCGGGGUCUUGUGGCGUUGUUCGAGGAGCGGUGACGCGCGUUGCUAUAGGGCUAUCUGUUAGCCUAGAUUAUGACAGGCUGCUGAAAAAGAAAGAUUGGCGGUGUCUCAACGACGGUGUUUUUUUAGGAGUAUCAAACUAGCAGUGGGUACCGUGGCUCAACGAGACGAAAGAAAGAGAACAACUA